CCCACAUAGCCCAGCCACAAUUGGUUUCUAACCCCCACUAAAGUUUUCCCACCUAGCAAGUGUCGCUUCCUUCUCCACCAUAGGGUUUUUGCGCACAACCAAAAAUUACUUGACCUUCAAUUCAUCGCAACGUCCAUCAGCCUGCCGACUUCUCAAUCAAUCACGCCCAUCCACCCAACUCAACAUCUUGUCACCUACCAACAACCGCCAAGAUGCUGAUUCCGAAGGCUGACCGCAAGAAGAUCCACGAGUACCUCUUCCGUGAGGGCGUCCUCGUCGCGAAGAAGGAUUUCAACCUUCCCAAGCACCCCGACAUCGACACCAAGAACCUCUUCGUUGUCAAGGCCCUCCAGUCUCUCAACUCCCGCGGCUAUGUCAAGACUCAAUUCUCUUGGCAAUACUACUACUACACCCUCACCCCCGAGGGUCUCGACUACCUCCGCGAAUGGCUUCACCUUCCUGCCGAGAUCGUUCCUGCCACACACAUCAAGCAGCAGCGAUCGCACGCUCCUCCCCGUGGCAUGAUGGGUGAGGGUGAGCGCGAGCGACGACCAUUCGGCCGUGGCCGUGGUGGUGACCGUGGUGAUCGUGGCGACCGUGGCGACCGUGAGGGUGGCUACCGAAGACGUGAUGCUGGUGAGGGUAAGGAGGGCGGUGCUCCUGGCGAAUUCAACCCUCAAUUCCGUGGUGGAUUUGGCCGUGGCCGUGGCGCUCCUCCCUCGUAAGGAGCUUCUACUACUCUCUUAAAGAUCCCUUCGACACACAUGAUAGCCGGCAUGGACAUGUACUCUAGGGAAGGGAGCACCUGCAUAGUCUCGCCUCUACUCGCGUGAUAGAAACCCGUGGGGGAAAUUUCGGAUGCACGGUUGGGAGUUAUUAGGAGGCUAAAUCCUCGGACAUCAAUGAAUUAUGGAAAUGCUUUUGCCGUGAAAAAAACAUUACAUUAUUUCCUAUUAAAGCUCUUCGGGUCGGUGAAAAUCAGUCAAUCGCGUGCGAGUUGAGAGGCGCGAGACACAAUUCGACAAGAUUCCUCGUAGGGUGUAGUGGACAUACGACCAGUGCUUGUUAGCAUGGUUGAAAUCCUUGUGCUCACGGAGGUCAGUAGGGAGACAGCUCAAAGAUAAUGAAGUUGUUUCCAACCGCCCACCGUGUCCCCUACCCUACGCCUUGGGCCAUACGUGUAGUAAGGCCUCGCAUC